AUGGAGGAAGAUACUGGAUCGGACUCGCUAUCCCGCCCGGCUUUGCGGCUGCAGGUGACCACCUUCUCUGGAUAUACCGCUCCGUCUCUGUCACCGGCCUUCAAGUUGGAUGAGGGCUACUCGGAUGACACACGGAGCCAGUCAGACAAGGAUCUGCCAUCCGACAAUGUCAUGUCGCUUCCAGAAUGGGUUUUAGCCCAGAGUGAGGCCGACCGAGCUGAAUUCGCCUACAGCUUGCUUCGUUCUCUCUCAACUGCCACCCUCGCUGGCGUCGUCGACCGUCUGAAUCCCCUUCUCCACAUGGACCCCGUUGUGAAAUUACCACCCGAGCUCACCUUCCAAAUAUUCUCAUAUCUUGAUCCCCGCACACUCUUGACGGCGUCGCUCGCGUCUCGCUCAUGGCGCAGUCGAAUCCUAGACUCCGGUCUGUGGCGCGUGCUGUACAUUAAUGAGGGCUGGCGAGUUGAUACGCGCGCCAUUCGUAACUUUGAGCAAGAGCAUGCCGAAGCGAUGUCACCUCAGACCCGCCGUUCUCGACCUCGGUAUUCGGAACCGGAUCUGGGUGAACCAAAGCACAAGAGGCGCGUGCCACCCUCGUGGUAUGACACACGUGGUGCGGACGGUCAGGGAUCAUCGACUGGCAAGGUUGGACCAGACAGCGAGGGCGACCACCACAUGGCUGAUGCGAGCGAUCGAGGAACGCAUACAUCCCUCGAGAAAGCAGGGCUUGCGUCGCCAAGUCUUGCUCACAACUCAAUCUCAUUCCUCCAGCCACCUUUGAAGUCGUCACUACUCACGCGAACGCCGAAUGGACCUGUUAGGGUGAAUUGGGUGCAUCUCUACAAGCAGCGCCGACGUCUCGAAGCCAAUUGGCACCACGGCCGGUUUACGAAUUUCCAACUGCCGCAUCCGUCCUACCCGGAGGAUGCGCACCAAGAGUGUGUCUAUGCUAUACAGUUCCAAGGGAAAUGGCUGGUCAGUGGGAGCCGGGACAGGACGGUACGAGUUUGGGAUUUGGAGACCAAGCGACUCUGGUACCGCCCACUUCUCGGACACCUUAAAUCAGUAUUGUGCCUGCAAUUCGAUCCGAGCCCCGAGGAAGAUGUCAUUAUUUCUGGCAGCAGCGACAAAAGUGUGAUUCUGUGGAAGUUCUCGACGGGCCAGAAGCUCCAUCAAAUUACUAAUGCCCAUGCUGAUUCAGUGCUGAAUCUCAAGUUCGACCAUCGGUUCUUAGUAACUUGCUCGAAAGAUAGAACCGUCAAGGUGUGGAAUCGACACGAGCUAUUGCCCAACGAUGAGGACUAUCCCCGGAUUUGCAAAGGCGGUGGUGCCAGCUAUCCAUCAUAUAUCAUCGACCUCAAUGACAUUGCCCCCAACAUGCUCGAGGCCAGCAUUGCCAACGGACAAAUCAAGGCCUUGAAGGCCUACUCUCUGCUUAUGAUCGUUGAGGGCCAUGGAGCUGCUGUCAAUGCAAUGCAACUUCAUGGCGACGAGAUUGUGACCGCAUCUGGGGACCGCAUGAUCAAGGUCUGGAAUAUUCGCAACGGCACCUGCUUGAAGACUUUGAUGGGCCACGAGAAGGGCAUUGCGUGUGUUCAAUUCGACAGUCGCCGCAUCAUUAGUGGUAGCAACGAUAAUACAGUGCGCAUCUAUGAUCAUAUCUCUGGGGCGGAGGUGGCUUGUUUGCGUGGACACAACAACCUGGUCCGUACAGUGCAGGCAGGGUUCGGCGAUCCACCCGGUGCUGAUGAAGCUCUGCGGAUGGAGGCAAUGGAGGUCGAGACUGCUUUCUGGAAAGCCCGGCAAGCAGGUGCACCUGUGCACCUUGGCACCAGCGCGUUGCGUCGCGCUGGAUACCAUUCGAACACCGCUGGAUCUAGAGACCCCCGUGAUAUUCGAGCUCUUGGGGCCAAGAUUCCUCCUGGUGGCGGAGGCAGUGCCUGGGGCCGUAUUGUGUCAGGCUCCUACGAUGAAUCAAUUUUGAUCUGGCACAAGGACCGCGACGGCGCAUGGUCGAUCGGCCACAGGCUGCGCCAAGCGGAUGCCGCAGCUAAUGCAGCUCGAGGGAAUUUGAGCGACGCAGCACGAGCUGCUAUACAAGCACAGGUUCGACACCUGCAAGCGGCUCAAGCGGCUGUAGCUGCACCCACAGUCCAGCAAGCUCGGGUAACUCAGAACACCAACCAGCCUACCGAUCAAGACACUGUCGAAGAUACACCAACGCCGCCCGCUACAGACAACAAUUCUCCAAUCUCUCCAGCACCCCAAGAUGAUGGUAAUGCUGUCGCCGGGCCAUCAACUGCUCCCCCCGCCACGACUGCUGGCACUGCUGCCAAUCUUCCUCCUCAACCCACACAGCCUGCUGUAGCUGCAGCACCACCUCCAAUGCAUCCUCCAGCCGCAGUGGUAGCGGCAGCAGCAACAACCAUUCCAGCUCAACUAGGUGCUGCACAGCAGUUCCACCACCCUCAUCGCAAUCGGGUUCCGCCUCCCACAUCAAGAGUAUUUAAAGUCCAAUUUGACUCACGCAAGAUCGUCUGCGCGAGCGUGGACCCCCGUAUCGUCGGCUGGGACUUUGCAUGCGGUGAUGAGGAGAUCCUGGAAGCAUGCCAAUUCUUCCAGGGCCUCUGA